CGGCCGGCCAGGACCAUGUUGUUUCUCUCUGGGAAUGCCUCCGACAGCUCCAAUGGCACCCACCCGCCGCCGGCCCAGGUGAACGUUUCCAAGGCCAUUCUGCUCGGGGUGAUCCUCGGGAGCCUCAUCCUCUUCGGGGUGCUGGGGAACAUCCUGGUGAUCCUCUCCGUGGCCUGCCACCGGCACCUGCACUCGGUCACGCACUACUACAUCGUCAACCUGGCCGUGGCCGACCUCCUGCUCACGUCCACCGUGCUGCCCUUCUCGGCCAUCUUCGAGGUGCUGGGCUACUGGGCCUUCGGCAGGGUCUUCUGCAGCAUCUGGGCGGCCGUGGACGUGCUGUGCUGCACGGCGUCCAUCCUGGGGCUCUGCAUCAUCUCCAUCGACCGCUACAUCGGCGUGAGCUACCCGCUGCGCUACCCGACCAUCGUCACCCAGAAGAGGGGUCUCCUGGCGCUGCUGUGCGUCUGGGCGCUCUCCCUGGUCAUCUCCGUGGGGCCCCUGUUCGGCUGGCGGCAGCCGGCCCCGGAGGACGAGACCAUCUGCCAGAUCACCGAGGAGCCGGGCUACGUGCUCUUCUCGGCGCUGGGCUCCUUCUACGUGCCGCUCGCCAUCAUCCUGGUCAUGUACUGCCGCGUCUACGUGGUGGCCCGCAGGGAGAGCCGCGGCCUCAAGGCCGGCCUCAAGACCGACAAGUCGGACUCGGAGCAGGUGACGCUCCGCAUCCACCGGAAAAAUGCCCCCGUGGGAGGAGGCAGGGGCAUGCCCAGCGCCAGGAACAAAGCGCACUUCUCCGUGAGGCUCCUCAAGUUUUCCCGGGAGAAGAAAGCCGCCAAGACGCUGGGCAUCGUGGUGGGCUGCUUCGUCCUCUGCUGGCUGCCCUUUUUCUUGGUGAUGCCCAUAGGGUCUUUCUUCCCUGACUUCAAGCCCUCUGAAACAGUUUUUAAAAUAGCAUUUUGGCUCGGAUACCUAAACAGCUGCAUCAACCCUAUUAUAUACCCAUGCUCCAGUCAAGAGUUUAAAAAGGCCUUUCAGAAUGUCUUGAAAAUCCAGUGUCUCCGCAAAAGGCAGUCUUCCAAACGGGCCCUGGGAUACACCCUGCACCCUCCCAGCCACGCCUCAGAGGGGCAGCACAAGGACCUGGUGCGCAUCCCCGUGAGCUCAGGAGAGACCUUCUAUAAGAUCUCCAAGACAGAUGGGGUCUGUGAAUGGAAGUAUUUCUCUUCCCUGCCUCGUGGAUCUGCCAAGAUUACAGUGUCCAAAGACCAAUCAGCCUGCACCACAGCCCGGGUGAGAAGUAAAAGCUUUUUGCAGGUCUGCUGCUGCAUGGGGCCCUCGACCCCCAGCCAUGGAGAGAACCAUCAAAUUCCAACCAUUAAGAUCCACACCAUCUCCCUCAGUGAAAAUGGGGAGGAAGUCUAGAGGACAGGAAAGCGCUGGAAGAAGGGAGACGGCAUCAUCGCCUAGGGAACAGAAUGUGACUGACCUGGCAAUCAGGGAAGUGAGUGUGGGCCUCGAUUUGCAAAGAACCAGCUCUACCAAAGUCUAAACUUGUAGAAAUGGAGACGUUGUGCUUGGAGUAAGGAUUUUUACUCUACGGAAGGAUAACAUUUGGGUCAUGUUGAUGCAUGAUGUUAUGUAUAUGAAAACUAUUGAUGUGAUUCAUUACAGGUCAUUCUGCCUUGAUUUUUAAGGGACAGACAACCAUUACAUGAAGCCUGGUGUAUGCCCACGGGUGCUGUCCUUACCACCCAUCAAGGGGGGGUGUCCAACCCAGCCCCUUUCCUGCUACUCACUGUCAGGAGCCUAUAUGUCCACGUGGAUGUACUUGUUUAUCAAGCAAUUCAUCUAAGACACAGAUCUAACAUAUUACUAUUGUCAAUGCUGGGACAAUGGUGAUUUAAGGAGUAACUGUGAAUACAAAUCAUUUUGAGAGUCAGCUCCCCCCAGUUGCAUCUUUUGUGUCCCUCAAGUUCUAGCAUAUUCACAGAAGUUGAAAAAAAAAUCAUGCUGCAAAACAAAAUCACCUUCUGCCAAGGGAAGCCGCCAUCACACACAGUGGGUCUUUCAUUCAUUUAUCCAUCUGUGUGAUCAGUCAGGGCCCCUGGCACAGGUCCCGAGAGUGGAGGACAAUGGUGGACACAUGAUCUUCAUGACCAAGGCUCCUGUGGUCUGUGGAGAAUGCAGACAAAUCAAUCGUUACAGCAGAGAGUGGGAUGUGUGUCUUGUGGGAGUUUGGCGGAAGGCACCCACCAGCCUUGGAGUUAGCCUUCACAAAAAUGGUGACCUCUGAGCUGGAUCCUGAAGGACAGAGUGGAGUGGACAGAAGUAGCUGUUCCAAUCAAGGAAGGAGUGACCCUUUGGCAUGUGCUAAUUUUGCCUCUUCCUCCUCCUCCGUUCUGUUAGGGCACAUGGAAAUCUGUCUUGCUUAACGUGAUGGGCACUUGGCUUUGCAAACCUCAUCCCUCAAGUUCUCUUCAGACCAACCACACCUGCUUUCCUCUUCACUCUUUUGUCUUGUUUUAUUUUGUUUUAUUGUGUUGUGUUUUUGUUUUGUUUUGAUUUGUUUUGUUUUGUUUUCCAAUGAAGAAUCAAGGAUGAGCCAAUAAAUAUAAGUCCAGGGAUUUUCCUGAUAAAGCUCCCAUGUUCAGCUUGGCUGAACACAGAAAUGUCUAUUUCUUUCUCAUCGGGCAAAAAACAUUUGCUUCAACAAAAAAUGGCUGACUCAUAAGAACAAAUAAAUGUUUUGGAAGUCUUAAUACUCAAAUCUUAUGUGAUACUACUGAACAUUUUUUAAAAUUGAGAAAUUGUUUUUAACGAGAAAACAUUGUACAGUAAGCUUUAAAAAUAAAUAAGCAAAUAAAAUAAGGGGGAAGGGAAGUCUUGAGACCUCUGAAGUCUUGAGACUAAAAGACACAGAAUAUUUAACAAAUAAGACAAAGGCCAUUCCUGAAAAAAAGUCAAGAGAUCCAGUUUGAAAGUCAGAGGGGGGAGGGGGGAAGAAAGGAGAGAGAGAAAGAGAGAGAGAGAGAGAGUGAGAGAGAGAGAGAGAGAAUUUUCCCUACAAAAAAAUCUAGAAAGUAAUUGGAUCGUUCCAGUACCCCAAAGGCUAGCUGGCACAUCGUCCAUCACUGAAGGGUCAGAAUCUUUGCUGUUAGGAUGCAGUAUGAGCAAAGGCUGCCUGGGAGUUUAUCACAGCUCCAAUGCAGCAGACGUGGUGGGAGAAACAGAAACAAAAGUGAGGACCUUGGUGUUGCUCCUUAUAUUAUACAGCAAUCAACCAGCAGUCAGGAAGGAUGUGGCUUGCUGGGGCUAAUAAAAACAAAUUUGGAAGCUUGUUUGGUCUUUGAAAUUAAAACCGUAUUUUAGUAAAUACAGCUGAUGCCAUUUGAACACAAACCCUGUGACAUUGCCUGGCUUACUGCAGCUUUUCUGUUUGUCUCUCCAUUAGAUCUGUUCAAAAUAGGAACGUGGCAUUUCCACGUUUGCAGAAAAGCAAAUGUGAGCUGACUGGCCAAGUUUAGCUGUUAUGGUUUUCCUAGAACCCUUACGAUUGCUGUGAUAAAUAAGAUCCUUGUAACUUACAAUUUCUAACUAUACCAUGUUUGUGAUCUAUGCCCUCCUCCAGGUUCUGGUACUUGGUCAGUUGAGUUGAUCUUACCCCUGUUCCCUCCAUGUUACAGAGUUUAACUGUAUCAUGCUGAGAGUUUGGUAUGUGCUUCAUGCUGAAAGAAGAAUAUUCUCCUGUGUCAGAUAAAUAUUUUCAUGUGUGAGAAUUGCUAUACUUGAAUUUGCUGCAGCAUUUUGCAUUGACGCAUAUAUAUGACAUCCAGGCUGACUCAAUGGCUUCUAAAACAUUUAAUGUCUCUUACAUGGACUCAAUAUCCUUGGAAUGUGCUGUUUAAACAUUUCUGAAUUUUCUACAUGCCAUUUUUACAGGUCCAUUUGUUUUAUGAUGUGAUGUGGUAAAGAAUCAAUCACUUUCGUUGUGUGUGUGUGUCUGAAGAAAAUAAAUGUAUAUAUUACUAAGAAGAAGAAUAAAUUAUUGAAAAAUAUACUUGAUGGAUCAUGCAGCCCACUGUUGAAAAGGAAUUUAUUUUAUUUCUUUAAUAAAGUGAUUGUUCAAAUUAUAAGCAUUUAUAUUGUCCUUCUAAAUAUGGAUGCUGUAAUAUUUAAGUGUUGUUCAAUCCUGAUGUAUGUUCAACAUUGAUGUAUGUUCAACAUUGAUGUAUGUUCUCUAAUAAAAUAUUUUAAACCUC